ACCGUCACAAUGAAGUUUGUGAUCUUGGCUUUGUUUGUCGCUGGUGCCUACGGGUGUGGCCUGCCCACCUUCCAGCCCACCAUCACCAGGGUGGUUGGUGGAGAUGAUGUCCGUGAGAACAGCUGGCCCUGGCAGGUGUCUCUGCAGUACAAGAGUGGAAGCAGUUACUACCACACUUGCGGUGGCACCCUGAUCUCCAACCAGUGGGUCCUGACUGCAGCCCACUGCAUCAGCAGUCGCACCUACAGAGUCUACCUGGGAAAACACAAUCUGAAGACCAACAAUGAGGCUGGUUCCAUCGCCAUCAGCCCCGCCAAGAUCGUCGUCCACGAGAACUGGGACUCCUACAAGAUCCGUAACGACAUCGCCCUCAUCAAGCUGUCAACACCUGUCACUUUCUCUAACACUGUCAUGGCUGCCUGUCUUCCCAACUCUGGUGACAUCCUGGCCAACAAUGCUCCCUGCUACGUCACCGGCUGGGGUCGUCUCUGGACUGGAGGUCCUAUUGCCGACAUCCUGCAGCAGGCCCUCCUUCCUGUGGUCGACCACUCCACCUGCACCAGGUCUGACUGGUGGGGCAGCCUGGUCACCAGCAACAUGGUCUGUGCUGGAGGAGACGGACAGCUGGCCAGCUGCAACGGAGACUCCGGCGGUCCCCUGAACUGUCAGAACCCUGAUGGCUCCUGGGACGUCCACGGCGUGGUGAGCUUCGGCUCCAGCAUGGGCUGCAACUACUCCAAGAAGCCCUCCGUCUUCACUCGAGUCAGCGCCUACAUCCCCUGGAUCAACAACGUGAGUGGAAAAGUGUUGGAUAAUGACAGUGAACCAGUGGACAGCAUGUACGACACAGAGGCCGACCUCCCGGGUUUAGCAAGCGGAGGCGGAGUCGACAGCCCAGAAGACGACACAGACGACGGUGUCAUCAACAUCAACAGCAGCAGCAAUGACCAGGACUUCACCACACCUAAGGAGGGCUCGCCCUACGAGGCACCUGUCUACAUUCCCGAUGACAUUCCCAUUCCCAGCGAACUGGAGCUGCGUGAGUCCUCUGUGCCCGGUGCCGGCCUGGGCGUCUGGGCCAAGACCUGCAUUGGUGCUGGCGAGCGGUUUGGUCUGCACAGCACGCUGCAUCAUGAGGCCACAGGCAGAGACGGCUCCUUUGGAUGGGAGUUGUAG